AUGGUUGAAGUGGUCGAUGAUUGUGUGAAGGAAGUAACCCAAGCCAUUUCGCCACAAGAUCAAUUGGAGCGAUGCUUAUCGCAAUCUAUAUUCUCUCCUUACUAUAAUGAUAUUAAUGAGCCUAAGGAGAAGAAAGAGGAAAAGAAAGAGGAACUGAAGCCGUUGCUGUCACACCUUAAGUAUGCAUUUCUCGGGGAGAAUGAUACUUAUCCGUUAAUCGUAUCAUCCUCACUCACUACUAAUGAACUUGAUAAAUUGCUUAGAGUGCUUAGGAAGCAUAAGGAUGCAAUUGGGUGGUCCAUCUCGGACCUUAAGGGGAUAAGUCCUACGGUUUGUAUGCAUAGAAUUCUUCUAGAAGAGGGGUCUAAACCCAAAGCUCAAAACCAAAUGAGACUUAACCCGAUAAUGCAAGUCGUGAUGAGGAAGGAGGUGCUUAAGUGGUUAGAUGCCGAGAUCGUCUAUGCUAUCUCGGAUAGUGAUUGGGUAAGUCCCACCCAAGUGGUAGCUAAGAAGGGUGGGAUGACGGUAGUAAAAGGGGGAGAUGAUGAGAUGAUAGACAUUAGGAGGAUGUCAUUUGGCCUUUACAAUUCCCCAGCCACCUUUCAGAGGUGUAUGAUGUCCAUCUUUCACGACAUGGUGGAAGAUAUAAUGGAAGUCUUCAUGGAUGACUUCUCCGUCUUUGAUAGCUCUUUUGAUAAUUGUUUACGGAAUCUAACUCGUGUUUUGCAGAGAUGUGAAGAGACACACUUGGUGCUCAACUGGGAGAAGUGCCAUUUUAUGGUGAGAGAUGGCAUUGUGCUUGGGCACAAAAUAUUUGCAGGAGGACUUGAGGUGGACAGGGCCAAGAUAGUGGCGAUUGAGCAGUGGCCACCACCAUCCAAUGAGAAGGAUGCCUUCGAGACAUUGAAGAAGGCGCUUGUGAGUGCAUCCGUGCUUAUCUCGCCGGAUUGGUCACAGCCGUUCGAGAUCAUGUGUGACGCUAGUGAUGUGGCCGUGGGAUCUACCUUGGGCCAGAAAAGAGACAAGAUUUUCAGGAUGAUAUACUAUGCAAGCCGAACCCUAGAUGCGGCGCAGGCAAAUUAUACUAUUAUUGAGAAAGUGAUUUUCAGGGUGAGCUACUAUGCAAGCUGA